CCCUGGGCCCGCCCCCGAGCCGGAGCGGACAUCUCAUUGAUCAGAUUAGGCCGGCUCGGGGCGGGGAUUGGCUGAUUGGCAUAAAGCUGUGGGCCAGCCAGUCUGGAAGGCUGAGGAGCUGGGGAAGGUUCCUGCUGUCGUGCGGCCGAGCAUGCUUUAUGGACCAUGUGCUGCUAUGUAUGCCUGAAGUACUUGAAAUGCAAAUUUGGGUUGACUUGGCCAUCUAAAUGCUUGGCUGGAUUAAGUGCCUGGUGAGGAUGGUUUUUCAGCAAGUUGGAGUCAGUAUGCAGUCGGUCCUUUGGUCUGGAAAACCGUAUGGUUCUUCUCGAAGUAUUGUAAGGAAAAUCGGUACUAACUUAUCUCUGAUUCAGUGUCCAAGAGUUCAGUUUCAGCUUACCAGCCAUGCAGCAGAAUGGAGUCCUAAGCACCCAGGAGAGGAUGUGGUGGCAUCUUUUGCUGAUGUUGGAUGGGUAGCUACAGAAGAAGGAGAGUGCUCAACAAGAUGCAGGGCAGAGGUCAGAUCCAAGCCUUCCCUUCAGGAUGACCUUCCUUGUUUUGAGACGCCCCCAAGCAGGCACAUCUCCUUACCAAACUUGUCUCAAGAAGAGCCUCCUCUGAAGACACUGGCCAACGAAGAAGCCCUGCAGAAAAUCUCUGCACUUGAAAAUGAACUCGCUGCCCUUAGAGCACAAAUUGCCAAAAUUGUGACCCUACAGGAGCAACAGAGUCUCAGUACAGGUAACUUAGGUUCUGCCACAUGUGUUACCAUAGCACCACCUCCUCCUCCACCACCUCCGCCCCCACCUCCCCCUCCACUUGAGCUCCACCAAGGUAUGUCUGCUAUUGAUCUCAUUAAGGAGCGAAGACAGCAGAAACUCAAUGUUGGAAAGAUUUCAGCUAAGAAUAACCCAAAGAAGCCCGACAUGCCAAAUAUGCUAGAGAUCCUUAAAGAUAUGAACAGUGUAAAGCUUCGGUCAGUCAAGAGGUCAGAGAAAGAUGUAAAGCCCAGGCCAGUGGAUGCUACUGACCCUGCUGCCCUCAUAGCAGAGGCUCUGAAAAAGAAGUUUGCUCAUCGCUAUCAAAGCAAUAGUAAUAGCCAAGGUGAUGCUGAAAGAGGAAUUCCAAAGCUGGACUCAGAGGCAACCUCAGAAACAGCUCUGUUUGGCCCACAUAUAUUGAAGUCUACUGGGAAAAUGAAGGCGUUAAUUGAAAAUGUUCCAGACUCUUAAUGGACAAUGAGCUCAGAAAGACUCCUGGUUUACCUGUUGACUUGCGAGAGCUGAGUCUGGAUAGUAGCAAUCAACAGUACUUAGUAAAUACCUGACUUUAACACUCAGUGGUCUCCUUGUUAGCCUUGUUAGAAGACUAAGCAGUAGUGAAGGCACCCAAUGCUUGGUUUGCUUCUAUGAGAUGGCCAGUUCUGCAGUUCUGCUUAACACACAUAUUUAAUCGGUAGCCAGGGUUUGUUUCCAACCUUGAAAAUACUUCCACAACAUGGAAACAGUAUUUGUGGAAGUUACUGUACAUUUUCAAUUCUUAACUAAUUUAUCUGUGCAAAGGUUUUAUAUGGGUAUAUUUGGACACAAAAGUUUAUGUAAAAAUUCAUAAUGACAUCAGUGAGGGGGCUGUCAUCUUCAUUGAUCACUUACUGUUCAAUGACGAACAACUGGUAUAGCUUGUAUUGAAGUAAAAUAUUGGAGAUGGGAAUGCCUUGCACAGGACUCAUACAUGUCCUCAUGUUUUUUGGAGCCGAGUUUACAUAAGAAGCAGUGUGUACUGCUGAUCUCCAUGUUGCUUUCUGUUAGAGGGAAAGUGAGGAGCGGGAAUACUGCCCACACCUCAUUGUCACAAGUAAAAGCCAGAAUGUAUCAUCUUUCUUUUCAGUUUAAUAAAUGGCCUCAUAAAGAUGACUUGUUACUAGGUUAACAGUACUUCUAGUAAUGUUAGCAUAAUAGGGUUUAAACAUUCUUUAAAUAUUGGUCAAAAGGUCCUUUAUAAUGAGACAUUACUGAAAAGGCAAGUAAAUUUCCUUUAAGUUAUUGACCAUUGGUCAGCCGAUGAAUGACAUUAUGCAGUAUAAACUUUAGGUGCUAUUAGAAAGUAGAAUCCGGUCUUUCUCAUCUUGGACAUCUCAUGGAAGGACUUGUUAGAUUCAUUUUCAAGUGCUUACUAAGUUUUCAUGAUUUUCUCUUUCUGAUAAACUCCAGUGUCAUUAAUGCCAGACUCUCUACUGUGUAUUUGGAUUAUUUAAAUCUAGAAAAUAGUUUCUCCUGGGAGAAUUAAGGGAUGGGAAAUGUAGAUCUUUUUAAGUUAUUUGAAAAUUUGUGCUCGAAACAUUAACACAAAUUGAGCUAUUUUUUUCAUAGUUCACUCAGUUUAAAUUGUGGUACGUUGCUUGAUGCAUAUUGUUUCAAAACGUUUUAUAUGGUUUGAAAACUCUGCCUUUUCAGAAAUUCAGAAAAUUUGCCUGAGAUAUGUUUUGACCUAAGAAAUUUAUAUUUGUAUCAGUACUGAAUUUUGGCUAGUGCUCCAAUAUAUGAAAGUUACUAUUUUAAAAUAAAGCAAACUGUUGAAUUUUC